AUGUUUAUCUCUAGGCUAGCAGGUUGCUCAUUGACAAAGGAAUGCUGCAAGACUCUGGCACGGUCUCUUCAGUCGAGCGGCUCGUGCCUGAGAGAGUUGGACCUCAGCCACAAUGAUUUAGGGGAACGUGCAGUGGAAGCUCUGGCAGAUGGACUGCGAAGCUCCAACUGCAAACUCACCUGUCUCGACAUCAGCUUUAAUGACCUGGGAAAGGCAAAACCGAUGGUCGUGCUGGCCGCCAUUUUGUCGGAACCCCAUAAACAACCACAUACUCUGAGACUCAGUGGAUGUGAAUUGAAAAAGGACAUCUGUGACAUACUGGCUGAGGCCAUGGAGAUGCCGUCAUCCCAACUGAAGAAACUUGACUUGAGUUACAACCCCUUGAAAGAUGCUGGAGUAGAAAAAAUCCUUCAGGCACUUUUAAGCAAAAAGUGUGAGCUGGAAACUCUGAGGUUGUGCGCUUGUCACAUCACUGAGACAUCCUGUGCGACACUGGCCAAGGUCCUUCAGCAGUCGAGUCUCAGGGAACUGGACCUGAGUGGCAAUCUGUUAGGAGAUGAAGGAGUUAAGCUGGUCUGCACUGGACUAAUGAGUCCCCACUGUCGGUUAAACACACUGGGAUUGAAAGACUGUGACCUCUACAAGAGUUCCUGUGCAGCUUUGGCUCCUGUCUUGUGGGCUUCUUCGGAGUUGAGAGACCUAGACCUGUCCGACAACGACUUAGCAACCGCAGGACUAAGACUACUUACGGCUGCAUUGAGGAAUCCCAACUGCUUCCUUCAUGUCCUCAGGCUGUCUGGUUGCCAGAUCACAGAUAGAGGCUGUGCUUUGCUUGCCUCCGCUCUCAUCAGAAAUCCCCAUCGUCUUGAAGAGCUGGAUCUCAGCUACAAUCACCCCGGAGAGUCAGGAAUACAGCUGCUGUCUGCCAGACUGGAAGAUCCACACUGCCAUCUACAGAAGCUAAACAUGGAGUACGCUGGCGAGAAGCACCUAAAAUGGGGUCUGAAAAAAUAUGCUGUUGACCUCACAUGCAAUCAGAGAGAUGGAGUGGAUUUUUCUGAAGACGGAAAGACAGCCACAAGAGGUAGACAUACGGACAUGUCUUAUGGCCCAUUUGAGCCAAGACGGGUGCCAAGUGGUAUAAUGUUGAGAGAGAGGCAAGACUCACAGCUCCAGGUGGAGUGUGUUCAACGUCUAUCAGGGGGACGCUUCUACUGGGAAGUGGAUUGGACUGGUGUGGUCUCCAUCGGUGUGAAACACAACUCUCAAAGGUACUGCAUGAGAUUCAGUACAAACAGGGCGUCAGGUUCUUUCAAAGACUUUCGGCGGGUCGGUGUGUUCCUUGAUUGGCCAGCGGGCACUUUGUCUUUCUACAAUCUCUCUCCGAAGGAUUUAAUCUACACUAUUCACACCACGUUUAGCUCACCGGUCACACCUUUCUUCGGUUUUGAAAAGAUAUUUCCUCAUGCUGUCAUUAGUUCAAUCACUAUUCACACAUUUUGAAAUCAGUGAAUGAUGUAAUAUGACAGAAAGCACAGCAAAAAAAAAAAAAAAAUCAUUGUAUAGGCGUCUAAUUCCCCCAUAUUGGGAGUUCACUCUAUUUGACAUUUAGCCAUAGACAAUUUGCAUGGAAUCUCCUAGCGGGUGUAAGGCUUGGUGUGUUCUGGUUCUCCUCAGUAGAGGAAUGUGCCCCACAGGACAGAGGUACUUUGGGCCCCACAGGACAGAGGUACUUUGGGCCCCAGGACAGAGGUACUUUGGGCCCCAGGACGGAGGUACUUUGGGCCCCAGGACGGAGGUACUUUGGGCCCCAGGACAGAGGAACUUCGGGCCCCAGGACGGAGGUACUUUGGGCCCCAGGACAGAGGUACUUUGGGCCCCAGGACAGAGGAACUUCGGGCAUAAUGUGAAAAAUAAUGUUCCUUUGCAUUCUGUUGCUAUAACUACAUCAUUUUGAGUAGGAAAUAUGGUGAUAAAUGUAGCCUGAACAAGUCAUAAUCAAGCUAAGCAAUGCACAGUUAUCA